CAACGUUUGACCGCUUUGUUUGUUACAGCAGUUACACGUUCUUAAUUUUACUCAUAAAAUGUUGGAAAGCAAGAAGCCAAUAAAUAAGGAGUACUUAUGCUUUUCCGAUAAAGAAAUCUACUGCUGUCUAAAAACUAUUUAUCAGUCUUUUAGCGCGGUUGAACUACGAAAUUGGAUACAUGAAAGUUGUGCUUUUAUCUUUAAAUGUAGAGAGAUACAUUUUUCGGAUUUAGUGAUUUUUCUGUGUCGCUUAAAAACGGUUACGAACGAUUCAUUCAUAAAUAACUCACUUCUUCCUGAUGAAGCAAAAAGGCAUUAUCUGAGGGUAUUCAUAAAGAAUAUUGAUCAUGUAGUUCUAUUCAGAACAUUGGAACAUUUUCUAUCAGAAUACGGAUUUGAUGGGAAAUUCGAGGGGUUUAUUCUUUGUUUUUUCCGUAAGCAACGUGAGCUUCUUCUCAACAUGUUUGACAGUUCGAUUGAUUCUGAUCUAAUAACGAUAGACUCAAUAAACCUUUUGAAGUUAUUUGACAACUUUGCACCAAACAGUCAAUCUGAUAUCCUGUCCGCGCAGUUACUUUGGAUGAAUUUCUUUACAUCGCGAUGGUUGUCAUACAAUCCAAUGCAUCUGCUUGAUCUGAAGUUUCGUAUUUCCGUUACUGCUAGUAAAGUGCUUCACUAUAAUGGUUACAGUGAUGCAUCAGAAGCUCUGGCAAGAAAAUCGCUGGUUGAUUUUGCUGAGAUGCAUCAACUACGGGACCGGGAGAAAAGUUUGAUGUCGACCACCUCCAGUAAUUUAUUUCACGUGGUUGCUAUCGAACUUUCUUCCAUGGUGUUUAAACGAUCUGUCUUUGAAUCACGUAAACGUCCACAAGGUUAUCUCCGACCAAAAGUCAGAGUUGAAUUCGCUACACUAUUACAGCAUUCAUGGCCUCGAACAAUUACUGAACGUUAUCUAAAUCAAUUAAUUCCAAAUUCGUCUGCUCAAAUAUUAGCUAUUUUAGAAGCAUUAAGCUUAAAGCCUGGAGAAAGAAGAAGUUUAAUCAUACCAAAACCACCAGUAGAUUCAUCUGAUUGGGAAAUGUCUGACGUUUAUACUGAACUUUUUAUUGCGUCAAUGGAGUUAAUUUAUCCAAAUUCUUCUAAAAAAUUGAUUCCUAAUUUUCUAUCUGGAAUACACGUCAUUCGUAAAAUACCAGUAGAUAGAGAGAAAACUUCUACAGGUUUAAUAAAUCAUACAAUAGCAUUGAAUGAAACAAAAUUUUUGAAAUGGACACAACUAGAUUUAAUUCAUUAUCAGUACAAUUACCAUGAUUCCACCGAAGAAUAUGAUGAAAACGGAGAAUUGUCAUCAGAAUCAAAAGCAAUACCUUCAUCAACUAUAAAUACAAACGUUAGUUGUACAAUAGAUAGUUUGAUGAAAUUAAUACAAAUCUAUUUUGCAUGUGCUCAGUACGAUAUUUUCGAUUUGGUAUCACGAGAUACUUUGCAUGUUUUCGAAGAAAAACUAUUAGAUCUAAUUAAAGAACAAGUACCUAAAGAAUUUAUACAGUAUAUUCAAGCACAAAUUGAUACAUUGGAAUUACUUCGUGUGUUACACUCUGCACAAUUGUCAAUAAAAGUAUUGAAUAAAAACGAGAUAAUAGAGGAUGUAUUACAACAACCUAUUGUACAAGAAACUCCAGCGGCUAAUGCAAUCGAUUUCUUGGAUAGUGAUAAAGAAGUAAAUUCAACUAGAUUAUUACAUAAUCAAACAUUAAUUUUAAACUUUUUACCAAAAGGUAUAUUAAAAUUAAUACAAAAAUUGGAUAAUAUCGUUAAGAAAAUAGAUGAACUUCAGAUCUCUAUGUAUGAUAAUGCAAUUUUGAUAGAUAUUAUUAUAGUAUUAUGGGAUUAUUGUCAUAUAUUAUGUCAUAAAUGGUUCAUUCAGAAUAAAUUGAAAAUAGAAUAUUUCAACACAAUUCAAAUGAAACUAAUUGGAAUUCUGUAUUUAUUUAGUCUUAUGAAGACCUUACUUGAAUCGUUAAACAUUGAUGUAGCAGAUGGUUUAAUGUCAUGUAAUCUCAUAUUUUAUGUUAUAUGGAUUACGGAAAUGUUUGAGCAAAAAUUAUUUCAUCACAAUUCAAGGAAAGAAUCAAGUCAAAAUUUUCUAUUAGAUUCAAUGAAUAUUAAAUUAUUAUUAAAAGCAUUAACGUUACAAAUGAAACCAGAUGAUGUUUGUGGUGCUACAGAAUGCAAUGAAAACGAUAAGUUAGCCAUAUGUUUAAUUGAUCUUUGGACUGGUAUAUGGAAUAAAGUAAUGGAUAUAAUUUACUGGUCACGCAAUAUGAUUAGUAAAAGGAUGAUAUUCCUUCAGAUAAAUCAUCCGAAGAAUUUGGAAAUUAAUAGUCUUUCAGAGCUACAAGUUGAACUGUUGUGGUUCGAGCACACAAUCCGAUGGAAGCUCCGAAAUUUAGAAUGGUUAACGUGGUGUGAUUUGAAUGAAAUGUCCAAAGAAAAAGUGCACAAGAAAAUUGAACAAAUGGAUGAAAAUUCACUUAAACAAUGUGGUCGAAAUAAAAUGUCUAAAGUAUUUUACUAUUGCCUUAAAGCAGAAACUGAAGUAAACAAUGAAACAGCUAAAAAAUAUUACAAGAUUGCCGAAAAACUACUCUUCAAUAAAUGGUCAAAUGAAUUCCAUUCUAUUGGUAGUAAAGAAGUAAUCGAUUGUCAACAAUCAACUGGUUUGAGUAAGCCACAUGAAAAUACACUGGCUACUGAAAGGUUCCGGUCUGAUAGACCGCCCCCACCUAUAGUGAUUGCUAAAUGUGAAAAUUCAAUGGUAUUUCAAACACAAAAGUGGAAUCCAUUAUCUGGAGAACAGGUUCAUUUUUAUGCACUAUACGGAAAACAGACAUUUGUAUCCAAUCAGAAAGUUCACAUCACUGAUAAUAAGUUAACCAACACCGGGAUUUUGGUCAUUUGCAAUGACAGUUCCAGUGUUUUAAAAGUGACUGAUCUAACACCAAAUGAAGAAUAUGCCUUUGCUGUAGCGGCUUACAAUAAAGAAGGUCACCCGAUAGGAUCACAUAAACAUGGUUUAGGUCACAGUACAAAACCGGUUUUAGCUUAUUCUUCGCUAUGCAUUUAUACGGGAUUAUGUCAUCUUCUACAGUCGGCAUUUCGACGUAAUCUAUCCCAAUGCCUAAUGGCUCAAUCAGUUAACAUAAUCUGGGAAUAUUUAACGGAGAAGUAUGAUACAAAAGAUGAUGAUAAUUCAACUCAUUUAACUGGUUUAAAGUUGAAAGACCUAAAUAGUUUUCAAUGUUCAAGCAUAUUAUUGAAGCACCUAACGACAUGUAUUUUAUGGCACUGCUCAGUUAUUCAGAAGUCUGGAAAUCUACGUUCAUGUAAAUUUGAUAAUUCCACUUACUUGUUGGACAAACAAAUUCAGAAAAUCCAUUUGUCUGAAAAGUUGGUAAUUGGUUUGGAGUUAAGCGCUAUGUUGAAUGAUGUGCAACUAUUGCUAGAUUUUGCUAAUCUGAUCUAUGAAACAUUGAGUUUUAACAUAGAAAUGAGUUCUGUAACACAUGAUUAUGCUAAGAUUCUAUUAAAAUCAUUAACAAUAAUUCUUGGCGUUAGAAAAUGUACUACAAAAUUAAUAUUAUUAGAUGAAACAUUGAAUAGAAAACUUACUCAAAUAAUGAUUAAGUUUACAUUUGAAUUAAUCAAAGUUUUCGAAGUGUUAAAUGAACUUAAAGGUAUUGUUACAAUAUUGAAAAUUGUAAAAGUCACAUUAAAUCAAUUAAUGAAAGAUAUCAAACCAAGCAUUAACGUGUCAACAAAAAAACGGAUUUCUCAGGGUAAACUAAGUUCUAGUUAUUUAACUGGACGAAGAAAAUCAAGGCAGAAUACCGAUCAAAUGGGUGAAUUAAACUCAGUCAUUAAAACAAUAGAUGCUUAUAGCUAUCUGGUUACAGCUAAAUUAAAUCCUCCAAGAGGAGAAUUAUUUGGUUACGAAGAUGAAUAUCAAGCGAUUGCAUGUAUGGCAACUAAACCAAUAAAAGCUGCAAUAAAAGAUGUAAUAAAAUUCAAUCGUCGAACAAUAUUUUUACAAUUGGUCAAUGUAAUUUUAGAAAGAGUUCAUGUUAGUCAAAUUAAUUUGAUUCAACCAUGUUUAAAUGAAAUACGUACAUGGUUGAAUCAUCGUGAUCAAUUACUUGUUAAAUCGUGUCAAUCCUAUGAAACAACAGAUAUAAUGAAAUUAAAUGAUAAUAUGAAUGCAACCAGUCUAGAUAAGACAAAAUCAACGGGCUAUUCGCAAGAAAUGAAUCACCUGUUCAGUUUGCUAACUGAUUAUUACUCGCACAAAAUGAGACGUAUGAAACUGAGAAAUGUAUGCCAAGAUGAAUGGACACAACGUUCACAGUUCAAUCUACUGCAGGCACAAAUUGAACAAAAUGAAUUACUGGAGAAAUGGCAACCGAUUAUUGUUCAAACAGAAGUAUUGGUGAAGAUGGAACAAUUGGAGUGGUUCACAUACUAUAAAGACAAUAUUAUUAUCGAUUAUGAUCAAUCACUAACUGAAAGUUUGCUAGACAAACAGAGUAAAAUGAAUCUCAGAAAAUCGAUAAACCAUAUAGACAAUAAAAAAUUGGACAGAUUGGUUUUCAGCAUACCACAGGGAAGCACCAGAGCAGCUUAUAAAGCAUCCCAAGCUAUAUUCAAUUAUUUGGGUUCAUUUGUUCAGGAACAUCUAUAUGAUACCAAUAGUUAUGAAAAAAACGAUAAAAAUCAGUGUCCAGUUAUGGAAAAUGAAGACGAAAUAAAUGAAGAUUUUAUUGACACUCAAUCUGUUCUAAAGUUACCAGACAACAUUGAAAAAAUCUUUGAUUUUAUAAAAAGAUCAACAAAUCUUGGAUAUCGAGCUAAAUGUUGGCCAAAAGUGUAUAAUGCUGCAAAAUUCUGUUGGAAUGCAACAUCAUUAUUAAGUUCACUGUUGUGUAAACUAUCAAUAUGGUGCAAUGAAGCAAAAAUACGCAGAGAAACAGAUGUAAAGUUAGAAGCAAACAUCAAAAUAACUAACAAAAAUUCACGUAAAGGAAUAAAUACAGACGGAGAGAAAAACUCAAUCCAAACACAAGCACGUAAUAGCUCACUUUCGGAAAUUAUGAAUUACUUAAAGCAAUGUACAAAUCGUAGAGCAUUAGCCAACAUUGCAUGGUCUUGUUGGUUUAUGUCUACUGAUAAUAUCUUAGAUUUAUUUGAAUCCUCACUGGAUCAUGAUGAAAUCACAGAAACAAAGUCAAGAUAUGAUAAUGAUUGGUUAAAUGAACAAUCGGGAAAGAUUUGGCGAUCAGAAAUAAUGAAUAAUCAAUUUGAUAUAGACUGGAAUUGGUUACAUUGUUUUAUAUUGAAAGCAUUAGAGAUAAUAUGUCGUGCAUCUAAAUGGGAAUAUCUGACUUAUUUAGGGUUAAAAGCAGUAGGUACAUUGGGGAAACAUUGGGCACCAGGUAUUUUACCUUUUAUUAUAUUUGGACAAAAUCAAAUAAUGAAACGAUUAAAGAAACAGAAAACUACGAAUACUACUAUUAAUGAUAUGAAUAAUAUAGAACAAUUGAAUGCAGAUUUCGGUAAACUUGUUAAUCGUUCACAAAUACAAUUAUAUUCAGCUUUGUAUCACUACAAUUUUAUACAGCCAAAAUCAGAAGAAGCUUUUACUUUAGAAAACCAUAACUUUUUCAAUAAUCUCAAAUCAGAUACAUUUGGUAUUUCACUAAAAUCUAAUCAAUUCUUGGAAUUAAUAAAUCAAUGUAAAACGUUUAAACAAGGUACUUUUCCGUGGACAAAAGACACUGUAACUGAUACCAUUCAAAAGCCCAACAUUAUUUGGAUUAAUUUUUCACAACAGGAAAGUGAAGGAGUAAAACCUGUACAGCCUAAAGUACGCAUGAGCGGAUGGCUUAUACCACAAAGCCAUUUAAAGGAUGACCAAUUAAUUUCAAACACGAAAUCACUGUCAGAAGAAGAAAUUGCAUUAUGUAAUAUAUUCUUACCUCUAAACUCAAAAAUCAUAGAAGAUGAAUUAAAAGAAGCAGAAUGCUUGCAUUAUUCUGGAAUUAUGAAUAAAAUGGAUCAAGCAAGAUUGUACCAGUCCCUUGUCAUUUAUCUACUACAUUCACUUUCAACGAAAGAAAUUAAUGAAACACAAUUAAACACCAAUUAUGACUGCAGCUAUGUUAUGAAAUUGGUUGAUUUGCAAAAUGAUGUAUCUCCGUGGGAACGAAAAGUUUUGUUUGUUAUAAAUUCAAAAGAAGGUUUAGAAAGAAAAACUUACGAAAAUCUAAUUCAUCAUACAAUAAAAUUCUAUAAUGAAGCUUUGGAAUUAUUAACACCGUACAACAAUACUUUACAGGAAAUGAUAAUUCACUUCGAAUUAUUAAGAUUCUAUUUAAUAGUUGAUCAGAUAAAACGGGCUAAACAUCAAGCUUUAUUAAUCAUGGAUAUCUUAUUUGAACAAAAAAAUACACUUGACAACUUUGAUCGUAUGCUAAACAAUUGUGAUUUGGAGAAUGUUAUGAAGAGAUAUUCAUUUAGAAUUAUUCAAAGAUAUGGUAUAUCUGGUUGUUUGCUUGGUGCAUUAGUAAUGGGAUUAUUGUGCAAGUAUUCGCUUAUUUCAAAUGAUCAAGUAUACAAAAGUCAAAUGAUCUGUGCAACGUUAUUCAAGUCAAUGCUACAUGGUAGUUUGUCAUGUGCAAGAAAAGAUAUUGAUUAUUAUGGCAAUUCUAUUUCAACUGAAUCCUUGAGAAUUUUGAAACUGGAUGAGAUUUUUACUAAUUAUUGUUUUGAUCUAAACAAUGUUGUUGAUGUAUUGAACAAUACAUUGAAUUAUCUAAUAACUCAUGAACAGUUUACUGAAGCAUUUCCAGUUAUCUACCUAUUCUACUACAUUGGUAAAAAUCUAUUAAAAAAUAUACAACUUGAAUUUAAAGCAAAAUUAUUCCAAAUACAAUGUCUUAUUGGCAUCGGUGCAUUAAAACAAUCUCUAUUUGAAUUAUGUGCUAUUUUACAAGAACAAUCCAGCAUCAAUGAUACACAUGAUUGUCAUAUUUCCUUGAUAAAUUUCGACGAUAUCAAAAUGCAAGAAUGUUUGAAUAUAUUACUAACAAACAAGUUGUCAAAACAAACAAUUCACAAAUGGGGUUCUAUAUUAUUCUGUGAAAUACAGUUGGUUCGCGCCGAAAUUUGCUAUGAAAUCGCAAAAUCUAUACCUUAUUUACCAAAGAAAAUGAUAAUUGAAAACCAAAUAUCAUCUACAAAUCCUAAUAGAAAUCAGGUCACAAAAUCUAGUGGCCGUAAAGUUAAAAACCAAGUAGAAAAAAAUAUUGUUCGUUUAUUGUAUGAAAUGGAAAAUCAAAAUUCAGUGUAUCAUUCAAAUUUUCAAUCUUAUCUAAAACAAUUACUUUUUAAUUAUGGAUCUGAUGUUUGUCAACUAAUGAUAAAUAGUAUUUGUAAUGAAAAUCAUCCAUCCUUAGAUCAAUCUGUACUUAUGGUAGUCGUUGAAGCUGCUAUUCUGCUUGCUAAAUUAUUAACAUCACAACAUCAAGCACGCUCUGGUUCAAUGUUGAUGGCUUAUAUUUUAAAAUAUAUUCAAAAUAAAUUAAUGCUAAUGAAUGACUUUAAAAACUGCAAAACGUCAAAUCAUUCAGCAAAUAUGACUCAAAAGCAAGUGACCCAACAAGAUGUUCUAAGUUUAUGGUUUCGAUGUCGAGCAGAAUUGGUUCGUUGUCAGAUAUAUGAAGUGGAUGGUGGAAGGAUACUUCAAGAACUUCCUGAAACAGAAAAUUAUGAAACACCAGAAGAAAAUGACAAUUUAAAAAUUGCAUUAGAAGAAACAAAAACAAUCAAAUUUAAAGAAUACUGGAAUGAAUUUACUCUGCUUAACAAUCAACUUCUAUUUAUUAGAAAUAGAUUAGGAUAUGAAAAAACUACCAAUAUUAUGAUAGAGGAAAUUAGUUUAACAAACAAAUGUAAUCAAUUACUUGUUUGUGAUAUUCUUCGUGAAAGUGAUUUAGUAGUACAAGAAUCAUUUCAGAAUAUAUUAACAGUAAACGACGAUAGUUUGUUAAUUAAAUUGGAAGAUAGAUUGAAGAUACUAUUGAAUGUACAGAAGAUACUAAUACAAGAGCUGAACAAUUGUGGUGAGGGUAUCAGAAACACUUCAUUAUUCCAAAAUACAAUAGCAGAAGUCAGACUGCCUCUUCAUAAAAAUUGGAAAAAUUUAAUUCAAAUUGGAUUAAGAGUCUCACUUAUUCUGUUAUCACUUGGUGAUAUCAAAUCCACACAUUCCUUAAUUCCACAAGCCAAUAAAAUGAGAGAUAAUUAUCCUGAUUGUAUCAGAAUACUAACACUGUUACAUAUGAGCUCUGGUCAAAUUUAUGAUGAAGCAUUAGGUGUUUUGAUUUUUUCUCAAAAUAUAUUAAAACAUCUUCCACCAAAUUGUCCAUGUAUAGAAAGUGAAUUAUUGUUCAUCAAAGGUCAUAUAGAAUUGAGAUUGUUUUUAGAAAAUAAAGUUGAUUGGCAAUCACCUUCUCAAAGCUGGUUACGUUCAAUUUGCAUUUCUGCAUUUGUUACGGGUGAUAAAUUAUUUCAACACAGAACAGAAAUAAUGUUAGUUUAUUUUUGGCAAUUAGUAUAUGUUCAACGAAAAUGUCAACAUUUAGCAACUACUCAUGUACAGAACAUCAUGGAUAAUAAAUUGAAAACAUCACUAUCGAAAAAAGAACUUGAGGCGAUAUCAACAAAUGAAAUAGAGGGGAUCGAUGAUUCGUUUGGUAGAUUUUCUCAGUCUGUUGGUUUAUGUAUCUGGAAUAUUUUAUUAAUGAUUGAUCAAUUCUUAUCUCAACGCAGACAAUGUUCGUCAUCAACUACUCUUAAAUCUACUGGUUUUCUACAUCCAAAUGAACUAAACAAUAGAAAUAAAUCAAUAAUUUCCAAAAUAUCUAAAAGUGAAUCACCCAAACGUACAAAUUCAGCACUUGAUAAAGCGUUUCAAGAUGAUUCGUCAGUUAUGCAUCAAUUUGACUUAGUAGGAAAGAAGUGUUUGGAUUCCAUUCGGAUAAUUUUGCCAGGUGAUGAUGAAUAUGAGUUAAUAAAUUUAAUUCAACCAUCAAAUCAAUUUGAUGGAUUAUUCGAUUAUGUGAAAAAUCGAACUCUUGUCAGUGAAUAUUGGAAUGUUGUAUUCAAUUCUACUUCGAUGGUUUCUGAUGAAAAUCAAUUAUUAAUUAAUCGGAAAUAUGAAUGGAAGAAGCUGAAGAAAAUUAAACUAAAUAUGGAUAUACUUAAGUUGUAUGAAUCAGUUUUAUAUGAAAAUGUAUUAAAUAUUAAACAGUUGUUUGAACGAAAUAAACAGAAUAUCAAAGGUCCUAAUGUCAGCAAUUGUCAAGAAAGUCAAAAUGAAGAUUGCAUUACAAAAGUUUCGAUGCAGAAUGUAAUAAUUCCUAUUUCAGCAGUUCCCUACUAUUCACAAGAUGCAGAAUACUGGUUUCAACGAUUUACAUCACUCCAAGUUCACCUAUAUGAACUGAAUGGUUCUGUAGAAACGGAAACGUUCGGCAAUUUAUCUAAUAUCAUUAAAACUUCAUUUAGUUGGUUUAAUGAUCAUACUCCAGAAAAUGAAAAUUUUAUUCAAUCAUACAUAUCACCAUACAAUAUGAAUUUCGAGCCCAAAUCGCCUAUUAAAAUAAAAAAUGAGACUAGACGUGGAGGAAGUAGCUUAUCAAAAUAUUUAUUGAUGCAAACAAUCAAUAAUUUUGAAAAUGAUAGCAAUUUUUAUAAGUGCCUACCGAUCCUAAUCAGUUGCUAUUCACCAAAGGCAAAACUUGAAGCACAUCUCUAUCAACAACGCUUGGUUUUAUUCGAUAAUAGUGAUGAAUUUUUUAAAAUGAUAGAUCAAUUCAACAAAAUAGUGAUAAAAUACAGUGCAGCCAAUAUUUUUUCUGAUAGAGAUAAAGCAAAUAUAAAUAUCAAAAGUACCACACUGAAAUCAUCAUCUGUUAAUACAAAUGAUAAAUCAUUAGAUUCUGAAAAUUUCAAUCAUUCCGAUCUGGAAUUCCAGGAUGAAUUCAAUUUAUGGUUAGACAAAUUUGAUAAAAUUCUUCGAACUGGUAAAAUUGUGCAUAAUCCUGAUCAAGAUAAAAAUGGAUCAACAAAAUUUACAUUUAUGGUUCCUAAUUUGUCUAUACAAAUAAAUCAACCAAUUGAUGAAAUUUUUAACAGCCUAAAAGAAAUCAUUUCAUGGAGAUAUUUUGGUGGUUCAUUGAUAAAAGGAAAGUUCAGCGAAUAUAUCACAAAGUUAUAUCGAAUGAUUUGAAUGUGUGUACUUUAAUUCUAUAGACAACAGUUGAUGUAACGUUUUUCUUUUGUACUUUAAAACUUGAAUGUUAUGAAAUUUAUUUGGAACAUACUAAUAGUAUCUUUUUCUGUUUCCAUGAAAAAUUUAUAGUAAAGUGAUCUCUUUGACCAUUAUUCGCUGUAUAUGUAUAAACCAUGUGUAUUGUAUGUGUUAUACAAGAAUAAUAAUGAUGAAUCAUAGUGUAUAUUAAUUUAUGCGGGAAUUGUGAUAUUUCAAAGUG